AUGUUUCGACAUGAAAGUGGUUUCGAUUGUACAUUCAGUGAUAUGGAAUAUGUUUCAGAAAAAUUGAAUGGCUAUUUUUCUACAUUUGAAUUCAAGUGUAAGAUGUGUGGUAUUAAAAUGCGUAUUUCGUCAGAAAAUAUAAAAGCUGACUAUUUGACUAUAAAUAAAGCGGUUUUAAAUGGCACUGUUGCAAUUGGCAUUGGACAAAGACAAUUGACAGAAUUUUCAGCUGCAUUAGAAAUGCCUUCUAUGGCUAAUACGACGUAUUCAAGAGUACACAAAUCGAUGCAUUCUAGUAUCCACGACAGUGCUUGGACAGAAAUGUUAAAAGCUGGCGAGGAAGAGAGGAGGUUAGCAAUUGAAGAUGGAGACGUCGAUGAAGAUGGAAAUGCUCUAUGUACUGUGGUAGCAGAUGGCCAAUGGGGUAUAAGGAGCUACAAGUCGAAAUACGACGCACUAUCUGGAGUGGCAACUAUUAUAGGAUAUAGGACAAAAAAAGUAUUAUUCGUAGGGAUUCGAAAUCGAUAUUGUGUCGUAUGUCAUCGCGCAGCUUUAAAACAAAUUGAAAAGCCUAAACAUAGCUGUUUUAAAAACUGGAAUAAAUCGGCUACCAGUAUUGAAGCUGAUGGUGUAGUAGAAUGA